GUCCUUUGAUCGGUGAUGGACGGAUGAUGCACUUCCUUCUACCUUUGCUCCUCCUCUUGCGAGCUCCCCUGUUGUUCAGUUUUGGUGAGCGCACCUGCCCCAACAACUGUCGCUGCGAGGGAAAAACUGUUCAUUGUGACUCAUCUGGAUUUCUAGAUGUCCCAGAAAACAUCUCAGUGGGCUGCCAGGGCCUGUCACUGCGCUACAAUGAACUGCACACCCUGCUACCUUAUCAGUUUGCUCACCUCAGCCAGCUUCUCUGGAUAUACUUGGACCAUAAUCAGAUAUCAGCUGUCGACAGUCGAGCAUUUCAGGGAGUUCGCAGGCUAAAAGAGCUAAUACUCAGCUCCAACAGGAUUACAUCUCUGCAUAAUUCAACAUUCCACGGCAUUCCCAAUCUUCGCAGUCUGGACUUGUCGUACAAUAAACUGGAAAUUUUACAGCCAGGUCAAUUCCAUGGCUUACGGAAAUUACAGAAUCUUCACCUACGCUCCAAUGGACUUUCCAACAUUCCAAUUAGAGCGUUUUUAGAGUGCCGAAGUUUGGAAUUUCUGGAUUUGGGGUACAAUCGAAUCAAAGCUCUCACCCGUACCACCUUUUUGGGGUUACAGAAGCUGAUGGAGUUGCAUUUGGAGCACAACCAGUUCUCGAGAAUCAACUUUUUUCUCUUUCCACGCUUGGCCAAUCUGAGAUCACUCUACCUGCAGUGGAAUCGCAUUAGAGUGGUCAACCAGGGUCUUCCCUGGACCUGGUACACACUUCAAAAACUGGAUCUGUCUGGAAAUGAAAUCCAAACGCUAGACCCGGCUGUGUUUCACUGUUUGCCCAACCUUCAAGUUUUAAACCUGGAGUCCAACAAGUUGUCCAACGUGUCUCAGGAGGCUGUGUCAGCAUGGAUCUCCCUCACCUCCAUCAGCCUCGCUGGAAACAUGUGGGAUUGUGGAACGGGGAUUUGCCCACUCGUCGCUUGGUUGAGAAACUUCCGGGGAACCAAGGACACCACUAUGAUUUGCAGCAGCCCAAAGCAUCUCCAGGGAGAAAAGAUUAUGGAAGCCACGAGGAACCAUGGGAUUUGUGAGGAAAAUGAUUACUUUAUGACAGAAACGUCGUCUCCAAUGUCAGAGCUGAUUUCUGAAGCCACUGCUGAACCAACCUAUGCUCCGACUAGUGGCUCUCCGACUUCUCUACCACCUAGUACCUUCGGCCCUAUCCCACCGUUCAGACUUCGACCUAUUCCACAUCCCACUUUUCCAGGGCAUAUGAGCAAAGACCCUAGGAACACAGUGGUCCGCACUCGGCCCACUCACGCAUCGCCCCCAGUGAUGGAGCACAUGACUCUGCACAAAGUAGUAGUGGGCAGCGUGGCACUUUUCUUCACCAUGUCGCUAAUCUUGACAAUUAUUUAUGUGCUGUGGCGGCGUUACCCAGGCGCUACCAGGUUGCUGCAGCAGCGAUCCAUGGUUGGGCGUAGGCGUCGCAAAAAGAGCCCAGAGCCAGAGCAAAACCUCAGCUCCCAACUCCAAGAGUAUUACAUGAGCUACAACCCUGCUGCCACSCCGGAGGCACUGGAGGUGCUGGGCAAUGGCACCGGCUCCUGCACUUGCACAAUUUCUGGCUCCAGGGAGUGUGAGGUAUGACCCAUCGCAUCAGCCUAAAAAUAAAAAAUAUAAACUCUAAAUCAAAACACAAGGCUCAACAGAGAGAAUGAGUACACGUGCCCGCGGCCCCUGCCUGGCGCCUGGUUAGGAGACGUGCCUACGAUCCAUUAAUCCUCAGACAGAACUGCUUCUGAAGGAGCAACAAAUCACAGAAACUAACCAGGAUCUUGUCAUUCCAGUUUGAGGAAAUAAAAAACAAGGACCACAAGAGGAUGAGGUCCUAAUCCUUUUUUUUUUUGUUAAGAUUUUAUAUCUUUUUUUGGUGAUUUCUGCUCCUCAGCUUGGGCUCGUCCCUCGGCGCUCGCAUCACAAACACUGGUGAUUUGUGGACUCACUUUCCCAACGUAAGGAGCAGCAGACUCUUUGAACUUCUAAAGGAUUGAUAAACUGAAAUCUUUUUGUAAAGAAAUAAAUAGACCAUAAUGUGUCUUCAUUUCCAUGAGGACCUCUUGUACAAUAAUUGUGAAGGCAAUGAAUCAUCAGUAAGAACAUCAAGGACGACACUACAGAGUGUAAUUUAAAGUGGGAUUCCAUAUUUUGAAUAUAAAGCUUCAAUCUAUAAUUUUUCAGUCUCUUUUUUAAAGAAAAAUCAUCAUGAUGUUAUGAUGGUGCCUCUCUGCAGCAGAACAACUACAGGGUUCUGAAUCAGUAAACAAGAAUCCACUUUGUCUGCUUUAAAAAUCAAGGAAGCAGCAGCUAAAAUCUUGUUUGAAGCUUGUGAAAACUGCUGUUUGCUUCUGUUUUAUUUUUUAUUUAGUGUUUUCUAAAAUCUGCAACAAUCCAGUUCAAUUUGAGGACGAUGCGAGGAAGAAAAGAGGCUCUAACUCGUGAUGAAAAUGUAAUUUUCUGCAAUGUUGAUAAUGUUGUUGUGCUUUCUGAAUACAUGUUUGAGCACCAGAUACCAAAGAGCCAAUCGGAUCUUUGUUUGCUUUUGGCUCACUUUUUACAUACGCUAAAACUGAUCCAGGAUUUUUAUUUUAUUGUUUUGUUUUCAGAACAAUCCAUAAGAACCCUCGACUCGUUCCUGUCCAGCAGAGYUCUGCUGCUGAAGUGGCUUUUUUUAUGUGCAACAUGUGCGUCUUUGUGAAGAAAUGAUCCUGCAGCAGCAGGAAGCUCUCAUCAGCCCUGCUUUAAACUGUACAACUUUUAUUUAUGUUUUUAAAUACAUGAUCACUUUCCUUAACCCCCCACCCCGAAGUGUUGAUGUGCACGGAUCUGCGUGAGCUUGUUGUUUUAUUUUUUAUUGUAUUUGAAGCCCACUGAGUGGUGGAUUGUUGCUUUCAGCCUUUAAAUGUAACCUUUAUACAAAAGGAAAAUAAUUUUCUAAUGUAAAUUUCGGCCCCUCCCCCAGGAUUUCUGGAGURAACAGCGGUAUCCUUUGUUCACUUUCAACAGUAUCUUUUUUAAUUAAAAUUACGACUUUACUGGUGAGCAAUAUUAAUUGGUCAAAUUAAAAAUCUUCAUUGAUCCUUC